CGUCACUGGGUCCCGGGGAUUUGUCAAGGGUGGGGGCGCGGGUUUCUCUACUCUCCAGUCUUAUCUUAGUCAUAUCUAUAUUUAACAAAUCUUUUUAAGACAAAUUUUUCCGUUGCAUCACAUGGCGAACGUCUGGAAAAAAGGUUUCGAGAACCACCUGAUGAUGUGCAUUUGGCUUCGUUUGAAAUACUGGCAUAAGAACGACGUUUACCAUGGUUUGUAAAGGCUACAAGGAGCAGAGAUUCGGCCAUGUUCUUGAGUUCAUAGUGUUCUUCCAGCUCUUCCUGCUAUUUGCCCUGUGCGUGAGUUUUGUAACUGUUACUGUCAACUUGAGCGCCGAGAUUGACGGACUGAGGGCGGCUAAGCAUUCUGGGGACGAGAGCUGGGAGAACUUGCACCCUGGGCUGACUGCUAUCGUCAAAAAUGCCGUUGCGCAAGAGUUGGCGAAUAUCACAAAUGACAAAGAGCGAGACAGAGAGCAGACCGGCCGUUUUACCCCGUACGGUCCCCUGGUGUACCUGCAAGAGCAUGCCGGCAAGGGAGGCGGGAAGGAGCGGGGUUACCUCGCCAAGCCCAUGGCGCACCUCACGGGGUCAAACAAGUCGGCAUGGGUACUCCGCCCUAAGACCGCCCUGGUGAAGUUGCGUGGUUGGGAGUGUGACCAGGGCCUGGCGACGCUCGCUAACGGCAUGAAGUACGGCGGCGGACACAUCCAUGUGCCUAUGGACGGCCUCUACUACGUCUACAGCCAACUGUACUUCAGGUACAUGAAAGGCGACGAUGACACCAGGAAGCACAUGCAGAUGCUUCACUACACUUUCAAGAGAAGCGACACCUACCGAGUGCCACAGGAACUCAUGAAAAGUGCCCGCACCAAGUGUUGGUCUAAGCACGCUGACUACGGGCUCCUGUCCACGUACCAGGGCGGCGUGUUCCGGCUCAGGCGGGGAGACAGGCUGUACGUGGCCGUCAGUAACAACAACGUCGACCUGGUCAGCUUCGAGGAGACGGGCAGCUACUUCGGGGCCUUUCUCAUCUGACAGCUGACAAUCAUCUGGGAGACUGCUUC